AUGAAGAUCUUCACUUCUGGCACCAUGAUGUCACUUCGGAUACUGCUCCUGGCUGCCCUGUUUCUGGGGACUUCUCUGCAGCAUGCCAGCGCUGCUCGAGCCACCAACGUAGGCCGAGAGUGCUGCCUGGAGUACUUCAAGGGGGCCAUUCCCAUCAGGAAGCUGGUGACAUGGUACAGGACCUCAGCCGAGUGUCCCAGGGACGCUAUUGUGUUUGUGACUGUCCAGGGCAGGUUCAUCUGUUCAGACCCCAAAGACAAGCACGUGAAGAAGGCCAUCAGACACCUCCAAAGCCUAAGGCCGUAGCCGGUGACCUUCCCCCAGGAGCAUUUGGGGACUCCAGCACCGGUGUCCAUGACCUCAGCCCAAAGCU